CAGUCGACACGCUGCCGACGGUACCAUCAACGUUGCUCUGGUUGCUCUGGUUUGAAUGCCUCCCAUCGGGAAAUCCAUACCACUUAUUGGCAAGGACAGGCAUCCGCCGCCAUAGCUAUGCCGCCUCACUCGAGAGGGAUAUCGGGGGUAUCGUCUCCUUCCAGCCAUAGGACGACACUGGUUCCUCGUCUUACGGGCUAUGGGAGCGAUGCCAACACCGAGGCAUGGCGUUCCUCCCCCCCCCGCGAGCUUUACAUUGGUCGAUGUGCAUCCUUGGCCUUCUCACUCCUCACCUUGGUGACGAUAGGAAUUGUUCUUCACUUCUUUUUCCGCAUGAGAAGAAGGAGUUUCCGGCAGAAGUUGAUCAUGUUCGUCAUGCUGUCUGAUGCCCUACAGGCCCUAUCAUUUUUCAUUUUCCCCAUUGUCGAUUUCGCAAUAGGGCCCGUCCGAUCCGAUUCAACGUUCUGCCAGAUCAAUGGCUUCAUCUUAUCGCUGGGCAUCGAGUCCUCGGAUAUUGCCGUCGUAUACGUCGCCAUUCAUACAGCUCUCUACAUAUUCAAGCCCUCACAGUCGACUGGCCAGAGAGGCUUGUAUCCCUACCGCCGGGCGGCCUACGUACUUAUCUGCGUCAUCCCUCUAUUGCUAGCUUCACUCGCCUUCAUUCAUUUCCCGGCGUAUACGAACGAUGGCCUCCUCUGUUACCUGCCCGUGCAUCCGGCCUGGCCAUGGCUGGCGCUCAGUUGGGUUCCGCGCUACAUUAUAAUUGCUACCCUCAUCGUCCUCUAUAGUUGGGUCUACUUUUAUGUGGCCUUCCUCAUGAGGACCUUCGACCAGGCCAGCGGGGAAAGGAAGCGUCAAUGCGCCUUGGGAGACUGCCGUGCCGGGCGCCGGGUGGAACGGAACCGAAGUCGAUAUUCGUUGGGCUCCUUGCCUCCCACUCCUCCCAUCGCUUAUCACGGCCUCAUCCCCGUACCGCCAGAGUCACGCCGGGGUUCUGCGACACAUGAAGUGCGACGGUGGGAGUCGUUGGCUUCUUCGGGGACAUCACCCGCCGACCAGAAGAAGCCUAACCGACAUGACGGCCGGCGGCACACCUGGAAACAGGCUUUGUUCCCGCAUCCUAUUCGCUGGAAAGAGCCCAUCUUGCGCGCCAAGGAAAAGGUCAACGCCAUCCGCCGGCCGGGAAAGGCCUCUGGGGGCCUUCGUCCUGGCCACACCACGGUCGCGAAUCCUCCCAGCGCUGCAUCUGCCAGGCACGAGCACGAAGCUGAGCCCGAAGCCCCUCAAAUCCCUUCUAUUACCGUCGACCCUCCUUCGCCAACCAACGAUGACGUUGCCCAAUCUACCACGUCUCUCACCCCGACAUCCCUGCCGGAACCAGCCUAUGACCCGCGACACGGUAGGAGUGAUGGCGACGGCCAGUCAGGAGAUACUCCACUGACUCGCGGGUCUUCCUCCCGUUCCGAAUACUUCAAUCACCUCUAUCUCGCCAGCAGCACCCAUCCCUGCGAGGAAGAGCAGAGGCCAAGAAGGAGCACGGACUCGACUUUGCAAACCCUGGAUCCUGCUCAGAGACCCCGUUCCGACAGUCUCGCCACCAUUCAACAGGUUCAGAGCCACCAUUGCAACUGCCCGCUCGCCCCGUGGGGGACCGGUACCAGCGCGUCGUCCAUCGGCACGGCAGGCACGGCAGGCACGGCCCUUUCCCCCACGUCGGCAGACUGGGCCGCUGUGGAGGCAGAAGGAGGAUCGGACACGGACACGGACGCACCCGACUCGAUGGCCUAUGAGCGCGACCAGCUGCGGCGCCAGCUACGCUACCUAUUCAUGUACCCGAUUGUCUACAUCCUCGUGUGGGUGGCGCCCCUGAUCUCCCACGUGAUGCAGUGGAAGAGCCCGCAGAACGACGCGCCUUACGCCGUGGGCCUGUUGAGCCUCAUCAGCCUGUGCAUUCAGGGGUUCGCGUCCGCGACGCUGUUCGCCAGCCGGGAGAAACCCUGGCGGUACGCGCGGAAGAGCACGUUGCAUCAUCCGGACGAGGCGUUUUCGCGCGGUUGGUGCGGGCCGUGGUCGGGCUCGUUGUCGUGGAGAAACUGCUUCGACUGGAGGGCGUGGUGGAGCAACCAUGGGGGGAAUUCCGGGGUCGGACGGACGAAGGAGGAGAUGCAUAUCCAGGGGCGUUUGGCUCGUAUGCGGCGGGACUUGGAGUGUGUCGAGUCGGAGGAGCAGCGGAGGCGGCGGGGGACGCCGGAUGGUUCUGCGCGACGGAGUGCAGGAGGAGAGGGGCGUCCAGGGAUAGAGUGGUGGGAGCGGAUUGAGCAUGUGUACGGGUCUGAGUAUGGAUUGGAUGAGGUUUUGGAAGGGGAUCGUGAGGGUGAGGGUGAGGGUGAGGGUGAGGGUGAGGGUGAGGGUGAGGGUGAGGGUGAGGGUGUGGGGGCAGGUGUCUGAUUCAAGCACGGUCAGAGGCAUACAUACAAUCCAGUCUGCCGGGAGAGCAUUACUUGGCGCUCCGGAUUUGGGGGAAACGGACAAAAUGGAGUGGAACGGGAAUGGUGUUGGUUGGUUCGAUUAUUAACAAGCAUGCAGACCACAUUGGCCAGGUGGCCGGCCGGCGUUGGGGAGACUGAGGGCCUAGGAAUCUAACCAAGGUUUAGGAUGAUACCAUUGUCGUUUUUUUCUUGGGUAGGGAAUAGAGUAUAGGCUGUCUCUA